UCACUUGUAAAGCCAAAAAGCCUGAGCUGAUGGUAGCAGAUGCUGCCCUUUCAGUUUCUUUUCUGUCUAUUGAAAGUUUCUCCAGCAUUUUCAACUUUGUACUUUAAUUACAGACUAUAUUUUCUGUGAGUCCUGCUCAAGCAAUACAAAUGUGCUGCAAUGGUGACAUAAACUAUUGACUGAGACUGGGAAAGCAAGCCGAAACACCAUCUUUUCGUUUACCUAUUUGUGGUGUGUCUAUUGGAAUACUCAAGGAAAAAUAUAUACAACAUGAGUUUUAUCAUGAAGCUUCACAGACACUUUCAAAGGACAGUGCUUCUGCUUGCCACUUUUUGUAUGGUGAGCAUUAUUAUUUCUGCCUACUAUCUGUACAGUGGCUACAAACAGGAAAAUGAACUCUCUGAGAUGGCUUCAGAAGUAGACUGUAGUGACUUCCACCAUCUACCUUAUCGGCUAAUGGAAGUGAAAGCAACAAAGGUCUUUGAUGCCUCAAGGACAGAUCCAACAGUCCUAGUGUUUGUAGAAAGCCAGUACUCCUCCCUUGGUCAAGACAUCAUUAUGAUUCUAGAAUCAAGCAGAUUCCAAUAUCACAUUGAAAUUGCUCCUGGAAAAGGAGAUCUCCCAGCACUUAUAGACAAAACUAAAGGCAAAUAUAUUCUCAUUAUUUAUGAGAAUAUUUUAAAGUAUAUUAACAUGGACUCUUGGAACCGAAGCCUUCUGGAUAGAUACUGUGUAGAAUAUGGUGUGGGUGUCAUUGGAUUCCACAAAACUAGUGAGAAGAGUCUACAAAGCUUUCAGUUAAAAGGUUUCCCUUUUUCCAUGUAUGGAAACCUUGCAGUAAGAGAUUGUUGUAUUAAUCCUCAUUCUCCACUGCUUCGUGUGACCAAGUCUUCGAAGCUUGAAAAAGGUUCUUUACCUGGAUCUGACUGGACAGUUUUUCAGAUUAAUCACUCAACCUACCAACCAGUAAUAUUUGCCAAAGUAAAGACCCCAGAAAACUUUUCCCCUCCCAUCUCUAAAGGUGCUUUUUAUGCCACUAUCGUACAUGACCUGGGGCUUCAUGAUGGAAUUCAGCGAGUUCUCUUUGGCAACAACUUGAACUUCUGGCUGCACAAGCUCAUCUUCAUAGAUGCCAUUUCCUUCUUGUCAAGGAAGAGACUGACACUGUCCUUGGACAGGUACAUCCUCGUGGACAUCGACGACAUAUUUGUGGGGAAGGAGGGAACAAGAAUGAACACUAAUGAUGUUAAGGCCCUGCUUGAUACUCAGACGCUUUUGCGUGCACAAAUCACAAAUUUUACAUUCAACCUGGGAUUUUCAGGGAAGUUUUACCAUACAGGAACUAAAGAGGAAGAUGAAGGGGAUGACUGUCUGUUGGGGUCCGUGGAUGAGUUCUGGUGGUUUCCUCACAUGUGGAGCCACAUGCAGCCCCACCUCUUCCACAACGAGUCGUCUCUAGUGGAGCAGAUGAUUCUCAACAAAAAAUUUGCCUUAGAGCACGGCAUUCCUACUGACAUGGGCUAUGCAGUAGCCCCACACCAUUCAGGUGUCUACCCUGUCCAUGUUCAGCUUUAUGAGGCUUGGAAGAAGGUUUGGAAUAUUAAAAUCACCAGCACUGAAGAAUAUCCACAUCUGAAGCCAGCUAGAUAUCGGAGGGGGUUCAUCCACAAAAACAUCAUGGUUCUUCCAAGACAGACCUGUGGGCUUUUCACUCACACAAUUUUCUAUAAAGAAUAUCCAGGUGGCCCUAAGGAGCUGGACAAAAGUAUUCAAGGUGGUGAACUUUUCUUCACUGUGGUACUCAACCCAGUCAGUAUUUUCAUGACCCAUUUGUCCAACUAUGGGAAUGACCGACUGGGAUUAUAUACAUUUGUUAAUCUGGCCAACUUUGUGCAGACCUGGACCAACCUCCGUCUUCAGACUCUGCCUCCAGUGCAACUAGCUCACAAAUAUUUUGAGCUGUUUCCUGAUCAGAAAGAUCCUCUCUGGCAGAAUCCAUGCGAUGACAAACGCCACAGAGACAUUUGGUCUAAAGAAAAGACCUGUGAUCGCUUACCAAAAUUCUUGGUAAUAGGACCCCAGAAAACUGGUACCACUGCUUUGUAUUUGUUCCUGGUUAUGCAUCCUUCCAUCCUUAGUAACUCCCCCAGCCCAAAAACCUUUGAGGAGGUACAGUUCUUUAAUAGAAAUAACUACCACAGGGGGAUUGAUUGGUAUAUGGAUUUCUUUCCAGUUCCAUCUAAUGUCACCGCUGACUUUCUCUUUGAGAAGAGUGCAAACUACUUCCACUCAGAGGAGGCUCCUAAGAGAGCUGCUUCCCUCGUCCCCAAAGCCAAGAUCAUCACCAUCCUCAUUGACCCAUCAGACCGCGCAUAUUCCUGGUAUCAGCAUCAGCGAUCACAUGAAGACCCUGCAGCUCUGAAGUUUAGUUUCUAUGAAGUCAUCUCUGCUGGGCCGCAUGCACCCUCAGAACUCAGAACCUUGCAGAAGAGAUGUUUAGUUCCUGGGUGGUAUGCCAGUCACAUCGAGAGAUGGCUUGUUUAUUUCCCUCCCUUUCAGUUGCUAAUUAUCGAUGGGCAGCAGCUAAGAACUGAUCCAGCUACAGUGAUGGAUGAAGUUCAGAAGUUUCUAGGAGUAUCUCCUCACUAUAAUUACUCAGAAGCGUUAACAUUUGAUUCUCAUAAAGGCUUCUGGUGUCAGUUAUUGGAAGAAGGUAAAACAAAAUGCCUUGGAAAGAGUAAAGGAAGAAAAUACCCUCCAAUGGAUUCUGAUAGCAGAGCAUUUCUGUCAAGCUACUACAGAGAUCACAACGUGGAACUCUCAAAGCUGCUGCACAAACUGGGGCAGCCUCUGCCAUCCUGGCUGAGACAAGAGCUGCAGAAAGUGAGAUAGCACUGAGAAAAAACUUCUUGAGAAUUUAUCUGCCAUGUAAUAACAUACACCUUUUCCAAAGCUUCCAGAGCUACCGAAAGGCUGUCAAAAAUAUACCUCUUCAAGCAAGAAAAAGAACCAAGUUCCUUCCAUAUGCUGGCGUGUGGAUGAUUAGGGAAAGAAAAAAUACCUGUUAUAAGCCUUGAGGCCUGUGGCCUUCCUCAUCAACCACAGCUGUCUGUGGGAUGCUGUAGAUUACUGUGCACUCAUGUGGAAGUCAAUAGCAAUCAACGUACAUAACAAACACAAAUGCAAAAUGUUCCAUGUCAUAGUAAUAUUUACACUUUUGUAUAUCAACUAAGAUUACGUCUCUGUACAUUUUUAGACCACUGUUUGCCUGUACGUAUUUUUAUUAUUUGAUUUUAUAAAGUGUCCAACAAACAAAAACCAAAAUAAACACCACAAUAUAACAUAUAGUUCCAAAAACAUAACAUUCAUGAAAAAUGCUUGCCAACAUUUCACUUCACUGAAGUAUUUAGAAAAAAUGUAAAUUAUAAUUUGUGUUAGACCAGACAGAGGAAAAGUUAUAUUUGAGCUUUAUCUGUAUCAAAAAAGAUAAGUGCUAAAAAAUUGAUUUUUUCACAUAUAUAAUCUAGUACAUUUGUGUAAAAAAUGACUAAAGUUUCCAUCAUAAUGUAACUGUUAUAUUGAAAUGUAUAUAUAUAGUAAACCUGUCAGAUGGUAAAUAGAAACACACUGAGUAUAUCAAAACAGUAAAUAAUAAUGUAAGUGUACUGAUUAAAUGUUCUAAAAGAGAGAAAUGUUAGAGAUCUCGAUCUCAAGAUAUACUGUUGAGAAUUGUAUGCCCACUUGUGGUAAGCUAUAAAUCUACUGCAAAAGUCCUCUCUAGUUCUGCCAAAAUGUAUUCAUGGAGUCUGAAGUAUGUAUCAUCUCCAGAAAGAGAUUAACUUUUAAAUAUAAAUGACCUUUUUUUAUGUUCCCCAGAAUAAAACUUACUAACUGAAAACUAAGAACAGUUUCCCUAGAUGAUGUGUUUAGGCUAUUCACAUUUAAAUUAUUGAAAAACCACAUUUUCCCACAUGUUCAAAUAAAAUUGUAUAAAGUAUAGGUUUAUAACAAAAAGUUAAUAUAUGACUUGUUUCCAGUAUUUGAAAUGAUACUUUUGUACAAAGCAGUGAAAAAUAAGCAGGAUAAAUUCUCAUAUUUUGACAAUAUUUCAUACAUCAUUCUCAUGGAAGGUAAUAGAAUACAGUUAAAUUUCCUGAUUAUCUACUAAAUUAAAUGCAGGACGUAUAAAAAUUAGCAAAGCAUGGUUCUCAAAAUAUAUUUACAUUUAUAUUUUAAAUGAUAUAUAUGACUAAUAAAGUGUUCAAAAAAAGAAAAUAAGUCAUACUUAUUUUCCUGUGUUACUAUUUAAUUUUAAAUGUACUUUACACAUGUAUAAAAUUUAAGUAGCAAGUAAAUUCCAUGCUAUUGUUACCUAGCAUUUAUAAUAUAGAACUAAAGGAAUGAUUAGGAAAAAAGGUAUGCAAGGAAAAGCUAUAGCUUAAUAUUUCCAUUGUCAUUAUAAUAUGUGAAAUUAAACUCUAUCAAUUAUUUACUAAUUAGAAGAGAAGCUGUGAUAUCCUUCUACUUACUAUAAAUGUUUUAGUGUACUUUGUAAUUAUUAAUCAAGUUUUUUAAAGUUUUAUGUACCCAAAGAAUACACUAAUUUUUAAAACAAAUGUCACAAAGAAUUGAGAAAAAAAAUUUUUAAACCCCUGACUAAAAACCAUAAUCAAAAUCAUUCGGGCAAAUGUAGUAGACUCAACUUUCACGCUUACUACUGUCUCUUUUGAGGCAGCACAAGCCAAACAUGUUAAGAUAAUCAUUCAUCUUUAUUAAUUUAAGAAAACAAGUCUGGCCCUGCAAAGGUCAGAUUAGAACAACAGUAGACAGCAGCAGUGUUUCUGCUGAUACAGGAAAAAAGAAAAUGAUAACUGAUCUAUAUACGCUUCAAGGUAAGAUAUACAUUUGAGCUUUUAAAUAAAACUGCUGAUGGCAUCUUUUGUGUAGUUAAAUUGAGUUAACUGUGCUCAUCCUUUAAAGUAAAUGUUAAAAAUAUACUCAGUGUUUAUAUAAUGAAUGGAGAGAAAAAGACAGUACCAAAAUUUACUCAUUCACAAGUUCAUCUUUAGUGCUAUGAAAAGCAACAAAAUCUUUGACAGGAUUUUUGAUCACUUAAUAUGUCUUGGAGAUAGCAUAAAAUUCUAGAGGUCAUGCAUACUUUUUAUACUAUACUUUAUCUGAUUAUUAUGCUAUUCUGAAAGUAACAAAAUAUACCUGAGAAAAGAAUGACAAAUAAUGUGACUUAAAACUAGCUUUGUAUAGAAUUCCCUUUUUCAUUGCUUAAAAUAUGAAACUUCCUCAGGAAGAAAUGAAAUGGUUAUUUCAAUGUUUAUAGUUAUAAUAUUCUUGUCAUUCACAUUGAAUGAAAAUUACUGGAAAGAUUUUUUUCUCUGAGUUUUUUAAAAGAACAAAUCUGGAUAUACUUCUAAUAGUGGCAUGGUACCUCAUAUGUAUAACAAUAA